CUCCAUUAUCAAAGUAAUGUGCUUAAGUAAGGUCUCUCUUCUCUAUCGUUCUUUCCCAAGAACCCUAAUCUUCCCCAAAUCCUGAAUCCAUCGUUCUCAAAAUUCACAAAGGAACCACCUUUAUCGAAAGAAAUCGAUGGAUCAUCACAACUAUCAAUAUCAAAAUCCUUUCGAGAGACGACCCAUCCUUAAAUCCAAAGCUCCUGCUGUGAAGUGGAUCAAAGAAUGGGUACCACAAGAUAUUGUUGCUACAGGUGGCAAGUGUUAUCUACACAAAUGGGUCACAGAGGAUACUUUUAACAGACUUAAAGAAAAAGAGAAAGAGCCUGAUGUUCCAGAGCCUGAACCUGAACCAACUACAGAGAUUUUGUUUCUCUGUAGUUAUGAUGGAUGUGGGAAGACUUUCUUUGAUGUUAGUGCAUUGAGAAAACAUUCUCAUAUUCAUGGAGAAAGACAAUAUGUUUGCGAUCAGGAAGGAUGUGGAAAGAAAUUUCUGGAUAGUUCAAAGUUGAAGAGACAUCAUCUUAUUCAUACUGGAGUGAGAAAUUAUGUAUGUACUUAUGAAGGAUGUGGAAAGGCAUUCUCCUUGGAUUUUAACCUCAGGUCUCACAUGAAGACUCAUUCACAAGAGAAUUAUCAUAUAUGUCCAUACAGUGGAUGUGGAAAGAGAUAUGCUCAUGAAUACAAGCUGAAGAACCACGUUGCUGCCUACCAUGAAAAGAAUGGUGCUGGAGAGACGCCCAAAUAUACUCCACCUGCAGAGAAAGUAUCAAGGACUGUCAAAACACCUGCAGCAGUUUAUGGCCCGUCUUCGGAUCGACCAUACGCAUGCCCUUACGAAGGGUGUGAGAAAGCUUACAUACAUGAGUACAAGCUUAAGCUCCACUUGAAGAGAGAACAUCCAGGGCAUUUACCAGAAGAGAACGCGGAUACCCCAACACUGAACAAGCACAACGGCAGUGACAGGAAUGAUGUGGAUGAUGGGAGUGACCAAGAUCUUUACAGGAAACAUGCUAGUAACGGGAAAAGCCAGACACAUAAACAACAGAGCAGAGCUAAGCCAAACAUGAGGACACCACCAGCCAAAGUUGGAAAGAAAGGUUCAACCUCUUCGCCUGCCAAAGUGAGGAUUGCAAAAAAACCAUGGCAAGCGAAAGAAACUUUUGAAGAAGUAGAAAGAGAAGAAGAAGAAGAUAGCGAGGAGACAGAGGAAGAUAGAGAUAAUGUGGAUGACGGCUGGAGGUUUGGCGAAAACAACGAGGAGGAUGAUGACGAUGAAGAGACCGAGUAUGAAGACUAGUUUGAGCUUCAUCUAAGCCAUAGGAGACCUUUUACUUACGUCCCAUCUCAAUAUGUGAAGGUGACUUUAGUAGCUUUGUUUCUUGACUCUUCUUCUUUUCGGUUGCCUUUUACACUCUUCUUCAUUUUAAAGCUUUGUAUAGUAUUCCGUUAACAUUUUUGGAAAGCUUUUCUUUUAGUUUUGGUCAACUUUUUGAAAGCUUUUCUUAUAAAUUACAAUAUUGAAU